AUGAGUAAACAAGAACAACAACCAGUUGCUGAUGAUUUGGAUGAUGGAUUGGAAUAUGAUGUUCAGCUUUCAGAUACCGAAGAUGUUGGGUUUGUCAAUGGUAGCUGGGAUGAGGGUAUAACUAAAGAUGAAACAGAAACCAAUGACAAUACUACUACAACUACUACUGCAUCAUCCCUUAAACGUAGAAAUUCCAAUACCAGCAAUACACUUAAGGAGAAAAAACGGUUGAAAAUGGAAAUAGAUAUUGAAUCAAAGAAGAAUUUGUCGUUGGAAGAGAAUCCUGAAAUUAUAGCAGAAUUUAUCAACAAUAAAAUUCGUAGAAAGAAUCCUAAUUUAUCAGCAUUGGAGUUGACAGAAUUAUAUUUCAACAAGAGUGAAAUCAGAUCUACUUCAGAUUUUAAAGAUACUAGAAACUUGGAUAAUUUGUCCAAAUAUAUCAAUUCUCGAUUUAAGAAUAUGUUACCUAAAGGUGCUAAGAAAGACAAGAAGAAAAACAAUAAAAAGGGGAAAAAGGAAGAAUAUGAUAGCAACAAAGACUCUGAAUCCGAUAAUAAAGAAGAAAGGAAAUUUAUUGCCAUUGUAUCUAUGUCUGCUAUUAGAGCUUGUGAUAUCCAUAGAGCAACCAAGGAUUUAGUGGGUUCAUCAAUAAAACUAAUCAACAAAAACAAAUUACACGUCGAUUUGAAACUUGUCAAAAGUACAAGAUCUAGAGUAUUAUGUUGUACACCAGGUAGACUAAGCAAAGUCUUAAACAGUGAAGAGUCUGGUUUGUCAAAAGACGAAAUCAAAAUUGUCAUUAUCGAUAAUUCAUAUCUAGAUACAAAGAAACAGAAUAUUUGGGAUAUAAAGGAAACAUUUGAAGCAUUGAAGGAAUUGACCAAAAGCGGAUCAAAAUUAUAUUUAUACUAA